UGACUGAGAGGUGAAAUGGCGCAGAAAGGAGUUCAGCUGGACAGAGAAACAUUCUCUUGUUCCAUCUGUCUGGAUCUACUGAAGGAUCCGGUGGCUACUUCGUGUGGACACAGCUACUGUAUGAAGUGUAUUCAAACACACUGGGAUGAAGAGGAUAGAAAGGGAAUAUACAGCUGCCCUGAGUGCAGACAGACGUUCACACCGAGGCCUGUCCUGCUGAAAAACACCAUGUUAGCAGUUUUAGUGGAUGAGAUGAAGAAGACUGGACUCCCAGCUGCUCCUGCUGAUCUCUGCUAUGCUGGAGCUGAAGAUGUGGCCUGUGAUUUCUGCACUGGGAGAAAACUGAAAGCCCUCAAGUCCUGUCUCAACUGUCCGGCCUCUUACUGUAAGAAACACCUUCAGCCUCAUUAUGAAUUACCUAUUUUUAAAAAACACAAGCUGGUGGAGCCCUCAGAGAAGCUCCAGGAGAACAUCUGCUCUCAGCACGAUGAGGUGAUGAAGAUUUUCUGUCGUACAGAUCAGAAGUGUAUCUGUUAUCUCUGCUCAAUGGACGAACAUAAAGGCCACGACACGGUGUCAGCUGCAGCAGAACGGACGGAGAAGCAGAAAGAGCUGGAGGUGAGUCGACAAAACAUCCAGCAGAGAAUCCAGGACAGAGAGAAAGAUGUGAAGCUGCUUCAACAGGAGGUGCAGAACAUCAAUCACUCCGCUGAUAAAACAGUGGAGGACGGCGAGAAGAUCUUCAGCGAGCUGAUCCGUCUCUUGGAGAAAAGAAGCUCCGAGGUGAAGCAGCAGGUCAGAUCCAAGCAGGACACCCAAGUGAGUCGAGUCAAAGAGCUUGAGGAGAAGCUGCAGCAGGAGAUCGCUGAGCUGAAGAGGAAAGACGCUGAGCUGAAGAAACUCUCACACACAGAGGAUCACAACCAGUUUCUGCACAGCUACCCCUCACUGUCAGCACUCAGUGAGUCCACAUCCAGCAUGGAGAUCCGUCCUCUGCGCUACUUUGAGGACGUGACAGCGGCUGUGUCAGAAGUCAGAGACAAACUACAGGACGUCCUGAGAGAGGAAUGGACAAAGCUCUCACUGACAGUGACUGAAGUGGAUGUUUUACUGUCAGAUUCACCAGCAGAGCCCACGACCAGAGCUGGAUUCUUAAGAUAUUCAUGUGAGAUCACACUGGAUCCAAACACAGCAGCCACACAGCUGUUAUUAUCUGAGGGGAACAGAAAAGCAACAUUAAUGAGUAAUCAUCAGUCCUAUCCAAGUCACCCAGACAGAUUCACUGGAUGCUGGCCGGUCCUGAGUAGAGAGAGUCUGACUGGACGUUGUUACUGGGAAGUGGAGUGGAAAGGGAGAGGAGUUUAUGUAGCAGCUUCAUACAAGAACAUCAGCAGAGCAAGUACAUUUGGAUGCAAUGACAAAUCUUGGUCAUUAGAUUGUUGUGACAACAAAUAUACAUUUGGGUACAAAAACAUCCAAACUCCCGUCUCAGGUCCUCGGACCUCCAGAGUCGGAGUGUACCUGAAUCACAGAGCAGGUAUUCUGUCCUUCUACAGCGUCUCUGAAACCAUGACUCUCCUCCACAGAGUCCAGACCACAUUCACUCAGCCUCUCUAUGCUGGACUUCGGCUUCUUUGCAAUUAUGGAGACACUGCUGAGUUCUGUAAACUCAAAUAACCAAAGACAUUCAAAGGAUGCAAGUUAUAAUGUGUUUUAACCCUUAAAUCUCCCAUAUGGUUCACAUUUGUUACGUUUUAUAAGAAUAUACAUUUGUGGUCUUGGUUCUAAAACCAUCUCAGCUCCGUUAUACAUCUGUUGGGUUAGGGUUAGGGUCAUGUUUCCCUCUGCGGCUCCAGCGAGCUCAGAUCAUUUUGGGCCUGUCUCUUUAUUAUUCAUGACCCUUUCUUCUGAUUGGCUGACAGUCUUGAGUGACACACGGCCAGGCUAACCACAGUUAACGGUAUGCAGCUUCUGUAAAACUCACCAGUAAAUGCAAAAAGACGAUGUCCACCGCUGAGGAAAAUGAUCUCUGACUUUACAUGUUAGAGCUGGAGUCAGAGCCUGAAUUCCAGAUGAUGCUUCCCUCUGACUGAAACAUGAAAUAUAUUACUGGUUCACUUACAGGUUGCAGAUUUAGAGACGGUUUGUUAUUGUGCAUGAUUUAGGAAGCAGUCGUAAAAUAUAUUUUCACAUUAUUUUUAUUACAACUACACCUGCUUGAUAAUCACAAAAGACUUAAAAACCGUGUUUUCUACAAUAUGGGACCUUUAAACUGAUGUAUUUCCAUGUUUGUUACUGACAGCUCAUCGUUGUGGCAUUUCUUCUCUGCAGAGAUCAGCUGUCAAUCAAACAUUAUGGGCGGUGCUUUGAUAUCUGCUCAUUAGUUGUUCUGUAAAUGUUUGACUUUCCUUCCUGUGUCUGUUGAGCCACGGAGGCUUUCACUGCUCAUGAUGACUGUUGUUCACCUGAACUCAUAUUUCUCUCCAUGAAAAUACCAAUUUCUUUGUGCUCCAAAUGUUUGUUGAAUAUUUACAUGUUGUUGUUUUUCUUUUACUGCUUGGGUCUGAAGAGAGAAAGCUCCAGAUAUUCAAAGGAAAUGUGUAGAAAAUAAAUCCAUAAUUACAUCUACAUUUAUUUGUUUGUUAGACCAAAUGUUGCCGAUAUAAUCUAACUACAAAUGAGGCUCUAUGAUGUAUUAUAAAACUAUAAUUAUCAUGUUCAUAAUCAAUAAGUAAAUCAUUCAUUAUUCUCUUGUAUAUCUCUGAGAUUCUGAUCAAGGUAAUUGAUUUUGUGGAUUAAAUGAAUCUGUCAAGAAAUCACUGAACUAAAAUAAUUUAACAAACUUCAGUGAUGGGAUGUGUCGACAAACUGUUUAGAUAAUUAAUA